GACAUGACGUCAGCCUGAGAAGGAUAAAAGUCUCCGAAUCCGAAUCUGAGACAGAGAAGACGAUCCCAAAGAUCAAGCAAAGGCGAAAAGAAGGAAAGAGAAAACGCGAAAGAUCUACGAGAAAGCAGACUGCACAAAGAUGACCGCAAACACAAUUUACUACUGGGGACUCCUGCUACUCUUCCUUAUCCAGUCUCAAGCCAGACCCAGACCACAGAACAGCCUCCAGACUUUGUCAAAACUAUUAGAGGGAGAGCUUGAGCGCUAUCUGUCCCAUGAAGGUUUGGACAACGGAGCAGACGAGGCAUCUCAAGUUGGCAUCUCUCCCGACGUGCAAAAUGGCCAAUCCGAGUUGGAACGUAGUUGGGACGAAAACUUACAGGACCUCGAAAGCAGAAACAGGCUUCCUGAUGGUUCAUUGAUACGACUCCUCAGUGACAUCACCAACGGCCCCUUGAGAUUUAAGACUAGAAGCAAGAAGGUGUCAACAGGAGGAUGCUUUGGAGUGAAAUUGGACAGAAUUGGUGCAAUGAGCGACCUGGGAUGCUGACCAUUUAACUUAAGGGCAUCACUGAAAGUGCAGGACAUCAAGGUCAACCCGCCAAUGGCCCUAUCCACGUUUCAAAGUUUGCUUCAACUAAAGCCCUUUCGACUUGUGUUUCCACAAAGUCCAAGUGUUAAAUUCUAGUGACUCACUGUAGAAUGUUUACAAGCUUCAUUUAAUUGUAACCGUGCUUAAUGGGAUCGUGUGAAUGUUAUUGAAUUUCAUAAUUCUUGAAUGGGGGGCUAUUUAUAUUAAUUUAAGAGAAAUGUAUUUACUUGUAAACUUACGUCUAUGUUCCAUGUUCAAGUUAUUACUGUAAUGCCAAUCUGGUGCAACUGAUGUGGAAUUUAAAAUGGGUUCUUUGUUAUAAAAUUAAUACGGAUACUCUAUUAAGAAUAUAUUAUUUUAUUUCAUACUCUUCUACCGCUGGUGAAUUUUGUUUCAGGACGUCUUCAGAGUUGUAAAAUAAGCAAAAUCUUAUAUUUUCCCUUAAUAAUGCUUUAAUUAGCAGACUGUUUAAGAAAAUGAAAAGCUUUGUCGCCGGGUAAGGGUAGUUAAAGAGCAAUGGUUCGCCUCCACGUUACCCAUUGCUGAGUGUGUGUAAUAGAAGCACAAAGCAAUAUAAGUCACAGAAUUAGACAACCCAUCGUUAGCACCAAUGUUCAUGUUAAAAGUGAUAAUGUACUCAUUCCAGAGUAAUUGAUGUGUGUUUUUUUAUUGCUUUAACAUUCCUCGUUAUUACAGUCAAAUAAAACGAAAAUGCAGCAUUA